CUGGGAAACCACUGCUCCCAUAGGAAGGUAGGAUCUCCAUCCGGGAUUGAGUGAUAUGGAAAACGAUGACAACAUCAGCUGAUGAAGGAGCAAAGAUGAAGCCGACGUGUUGGACAGGGGAGGGGCGUGAGGAGACUGAGCACAAUGUCCACAGACUCACAGGGAAGGUGAAGGAAUGGGAAUUCACCCAGUGGGAUGUAGGGUCUGGAGGUCAGCAACAUUCCCUGGUGGAACAACGCAACGGAAUUUUCCCGGUGGAGAGUCCCGUCAUGUUUCCUGUUCGUGGGUGAUUGUACUGUAAACAGGAAGGGCUCUUUUUGUGAGUUAACGUGUACACCCUGGGUGGAGUCGCUGAAUCCGGACGAGAGCAAAGGCAGAAUGAAUGUAGUCUCACUGUAAAAUUCUUUAUUGGUUCCUGUUUCACUUGAUCUCCCUCCCCGAGUUCGCACAUUGAGCAGCCGCGAGCCAAAGUGAAAGUACAAGCAAGAACCAGACUUGGAUCCCCGCGGGCUAAAGCGCAGUCAGCACACCAGCACCGAUCACUGGGUUUACACAACGACAAACAUGGGAAGCAAGUUUUCAAAGGAUGGCUGUUUUCACUUUCCAACCAUGAACAGACGGAAUCUGGACACUCUGAGGAACAACUUGCGUAACUACCAUCCUCCUGUGGGCUGUGGAGACUGUAUAAACAUCCUGCUGGUCGGCCUGGUGGGGACUGGGAAAUCAUCCCUCAUCAACACAUUCCUCUCGGCUCUGGAUCGCCAAGGAACGACCAUAACCUGUGUCCCGAUAGGGACGGGUCCCUGCAUUCUCACAACAGAGCUCAGGUCCUACGUAGCAGGGAGUUUAAGGUUUUGGGAUUCAGCUGGAUGGAAUGUUCUGGUGAACCCUGAUCGGACAAAGAGAGUGUUACAGAUGAUCCUGGAAGGGAGAGUUCCCAUAGGAACAAAUUUACUGCAUUUCAAGCCUGACUCGGAUGUUUCCAACUAUCCCGUUAUUCCAGGAAAUAUAAUCCAUGGAGUCGCAUUAAUAUUUAACAUCGACUCCAUAGGCUUGAUCAGUGAGAAUCAUAUGAAAGAGUUUCAGGAGUUGCAGACGAUCGUGGCACAGAAAUAUGUUCACAGGGUUGUGAUUGGGACCAAGUUUGAAUUAUUAGGGAUACCAGAGAAACACAAUGCAUGGAUUUACGAAUAUGAGCCUCUGCAGAGAAAGUUUGAAAUGUUGGCAGAAUCUACUGGAUUGGACAGGCGUUCCAUGUUUGUGGUUUCGAAUCGGUGGAACGGUGAUCAGAUCGAGAUGAUAAGAUGUAUCCUGGCCCUGUAUGUUCUGGAUUAUAUGGUCAGAAACAUUGACCAAUUUCUCAGAGCAAUGUAAUGUCCACAACUGACCUUGUCCAGAGCUGUGAAUCCGAUCCAGUUUCAGGAGCACAGACACUGCUGUGGGAUUGAUGUUUUUAUUGUUUUCCCUGUAGUUUUAGCAUUCUUUAUGCUUGUUUAUAUAUUUGUACAAUCACCUGUUUACAGACUUUUAGUAACUUGUUGUAUAAUUGGUUCCAUUCUGUAGUUUCUUUUCCUGCAAAGCGGAAGGGUGAAUCAGUUUCUCAAAUAAACUGGUCCAGACCACCUGGCAGGAUAAAGGCAAACCAUGUGCUCAUGGUCUUUUGUUACAGCGGGUCACUGUUAGAGAUGGUUACAGUUACAGCCGUCACAAUUACAGCCAGUCACUGUUGCAAUCAGUCACAGUUACAGCAGUCACAGUUACAGAUAGUCACUGUUUUUGCCAAUCAUUUUCAGCCUGUCACGCUUACUGCUGGUCACUGCUCAGCCAGUCAUAGUUACAGCCAAUCACAGAUACAGUGGUCACUUUUACAGCCAGCCACGGUUACAGAGGCCACAGUUUUAGCUAGUUGCAGAUACAGCAGUCACAGUUACAGCCACAGGUAGUUACAGACAGUCACUGCUACAGACAGUCACUGUUACACUCAGUCACAGCAACAGAUGGUCACUGUUUCAGCCAGUUGCAGAUACAGCACUCAGAGCUACAGCCAGUCAUGGUUACAGAUAGUCACUGUUACAGUCAGUCACAGUUACAGUGGUCAUAGUUACAGCUAGUCACUGUUACAGUCGGUGAAAUUUACAGACAUUUAGAGUUACAGUGGUCAGAGGUACAGUCAUUCAUUGUUACAGUUAAAACAUUUACGGCUGUUCACAGUUACAGAUGGUCACACUUACAACCAGUCAUUGUUACAGCUGAUCACUAUUAUGGAUGGUCACUGUUAUAACCUUUCACACUUAUGAAUGGUCACUCUUAAAGCCAGUCCUAGGUAAAGCUGGUCACAAUUACAAUCCAUCAAUGUUACAUCUGGUCACAGUUACAGUCAGACCUUCUUACAGCCCAUCACUAUUACAGCAGUCACAGUUACGGACGAUCACUGUUACAGUUGGUGACAGUUACAGCCAGUCACAGGUACGGCCACUGACAGUCACUGUUACAGUUUGUUGCUAUUACAGCCCUUUGCAGUUACAGUCAGUCAUAGUUACUGCUGUUACAGUCACAGCUGGUCUAAGUUACAGACAGUUAAAGUUACAGUGGUCAGAGGUACAACCAUUCAUUACUACAGUUGGCACAUUUACAACCAUUCACAUUUAUGGAUGGUCACAGUUAUAGCCAGUCAGUUAUACAGCCUGUUACUGUUACAGCUGGACAGUCCUCAGCCAGCCAAAGUUAUGGAUGGUCACUGUCAUAGCAGUCACAGAUACAGGUAGUCACUGUUGCAGCUGGGACAGUUACAGCUGUCACAGUAACAACUUGUCACUGUUACAGACUGUCACAGUUACAGCUGGUCAUAUUUACAAUCAGUCUCUGUUACAGCCAGUCGCAGUUACAGCUGGGCAUAUUUACAGUUGGUCGCUGUUACAGCGGUCACCUUCACAGCUAGUCACUGUUACAGCCUGUCACUGCUGUAGCUGGUCACAGUUAUGGAUGGUCCCUGUUACAACCGGUCACUGUUACAACUGGUUACUAUCACAGCCCGUCACAGUUACAGCGGUCACCUUUACAGCUAGACACUAUUACAACUGGUCACUGGGUAAUGCCUUGUUUCAUAAUUUUACUGUUAUGCUGUAUGUAUUUCACUUUGCAGCUCUGUAAGAGCAAUCUGUUCUGUUUUCAGCUUGUUCGGGUUAUCGUUGAAGAUAAGGGAUAAGGAGAAAUGUGUGCCAUCCAAUUAGGAUGGUAGAGCUGAGGGGAGGUUUCUCUGGUGAGGGACACUAAGGCUGGGCUUUGGGCUUUUGUUCAGCUGGAGCUGAAGAGAGCAGAUGCUAGAGACAGGAGGUCGAAGGAUUCGACCCGGAGGGGACCGUGAUUCAAUGAAGCCAGGGUCAGAGAAUAUGAUGAAACUUUGAGCUCCAGCUUGUGCACAUUUGGCUGUUCCAUUAAAAUGGGCACUUUUUACUAACCAUUUAAUUAAGAUAAUAAAUAUAAUUCAUAGGGUUUCAUUGUGGGGUAUCAUCGGAGAUCAAUUUUGUUGGAUGCUGUGUGAUUACCCUGAGCAUUGAUCCAGUGGGUGUGUGUUAAACUAGUGUGAUUAAGAUACAUGAUUUUAGAUGCUGCAGGGAUUGAAUAGUGGUGUGAAUCCAAUGGGAUAUUGGUAACAAAUUUGUGUGUAUUGGGUGGGGUAGAUAUUUGUAUUUCCAGUGGAUUGUUAAUUUGAACUUUAAGCAAUAGGAGCAGUUAAGAUUGUUUGAUAAAAUGGCGGUCAAAGACUUUGUUUUAGUUCAGACUAGCGCUGAGGUAACGGCAGUGGAUCUGCCCAGUUCUUUUGGAGCCGCAGGAGGUGGGGAGGCCGUGGGCUGUCUAUACUUUCCGGGAGGAGGAGAGUGUAGGAGAGCAAGACGAAUCGCAUGCCGAGUCUCUCGUAGUUGGGGACAGAGAUUUCAAAGACAGAGUUCUCUGGUUUCUGCAGAAUGGUCUGAUCUGAAAUGUCUAAUGAGUCCCCUAAUGAGGAGUGAGAAUUCUGAGUUUGUAUCAGCCCUUACAUCUGGUGAAUAAAUGGUCCAGUAAAUAGACAGAGGGGUUCAGAUAUCAAAAGCUGAGAAUGGUCUCAGGAAUGAAGCCCACCCCUAAAGGGGAAGAGGAGUAUGAGACUUGGGCAGAGCAGACAUCUCAGGUGCUGGAUGAGUGACAGGGCUCUGAUGACAGUGAUUGGUUGAAAGUUUGAAUGGGCCGGCCGCUGAUGUAGUGAGGUCUGUAAAGGACCGGCUAUGCAAGUGCUAGAAAAGGUGUUUGGCAUGACAGGAAGCCCAAUGGAGCUCAUGAUGGGAUUUCAGAACAUGUGUCAGGAGAAGGGGGAGAAGCUUUCUGCCUACUUUUCUAAAAACAUAGAAAUAUAGAAAACCUGCAACACAAUACAGGCCGUUCAGCCCAUAAAGUUGUGCCGAACAAUUCCCUAACUUAGGAACUACUAGGGUUACCAAUAGUUCUCUAUUUUUCUAAGCUCCAUGAACCUAUGCAAAAGUCUCUUAAAAGACCCUAUCACAUCUGCCUUCAUCACCUUUGCCGGUAGCCCAUUCCACACACACACCACUCUCUGUAUAAAAAACUUACCCCUGACAUCUCCUCUCUACCUACGCCCCAGCACCUUAAACCUGUGCCAUCUUGUGGCAGCCAUUUCAGACCUGGGAAAAAGCCUCUGACUAUUCACACGAUUGUACAGCAUGUCCUGUGGCUCGGGAAGAUCAGAACUGAUGUUCCUUCAUAGAUAUACCUUUCCCUCAUUCAUCCAUGGGACUUAGAACUCGUUAAGUGGUUUGCAUCAUAGAACAAAUUUGAGGAAGUGGAAGCUGGCCAGAACAGAUUUCCCACAGAACGGAUUAGUCAGCUCAAUGUCCAUUUGAAACAAAUGAAAAAUUGCAACCUUAAAAUAUACAUACCAGAAAAUGUCUUGACUCGGGGGCCUAAGUUUCAAAGAGAGAUUGGGUAGAAAAUGGCAUUAUUCCCUGCAGUGUAGGAGACUGAGGCAUAACCCGAUAGAAACAUACAUGGUCGUGAGUGACAGAGACGGGUAAAAGCACCUUUUUGUUCUAAGAUCGACGAAACUAAUAAAAAAAAUGGUGGACAUAGAUUUAAGUUCGGAGUCGAAAAAUCUAUGAUAAAAUUAUCAUCAGGGGCACCUUACGAACGGACGGUGUGUAUUUGGAAUGAGCUGUCAGAACUAGAGGUUGAGGCAAAUAUAUUUGCAACAUUUUAUAGCAUUCUAAAGAAGUGGACAGAUACUUUUGAGAAUCUGAAACAACAAUGUUCAGGUGGAACUUGUGGGGUUGAACAACAUCUGCCGGAGGAAAGAAAUUAUCAAACCCUUGGAACCGGAGAUGCUGCAUGACCAGCUGAGUUUCUCCUGCAGAUUCCUUGUUGGUUUUUAAGAUAUUAUGUAAUGUGGUGAGAGUCUCCACCUCCACCAUUUACUUGAGCAGAAGGUUUCUUCCAUUGCUGGUUUCCCCAGCACCAUGAGGAACUCCCACUCUCUUCCUCAAUUCUGUUUAUUAUUUAUUGCAAUGCCUGCACUGUUUUUAUACACUUUAUGCAGUCCUGUGUAGGUCUGUAGUCUAGUGUAGCUUUCUCUGUGUUGUGUUUUUUUUAUUACAUAUUUCAGUCUAGUUUUUUGCACUGUGUCAUGUAACACCAUAGUCCUGAAAAACGUCUCAUUUUUACUACGCACUAUACCAGCAGUGAUGGUCAAAAUAACAAUAAAAGUGACUUGAAUUGAAAUCAGAGGAAUUGAGUCAUUUUCCAUAUGGCCCCUCAGAAUAACAGUUCAUCUGUAAAAUGGCACUUUUAACUUUGCCUCAGUAAAUUGGUUGUGGUAGUUCAGAAUCUUGACUGAGAGUUAAAGCCAAACAUAAUUGGAGUCAAGUAUAAUGCCCAUGGAAUCAGACUUGGCAUCCACUGAGUGAGCCCACGGUAACUCUUUCCAUUCCAGAUGAAGAUCUCGAAGCAAAAUGACAGUUUUCCAUUUCCCUGUCUGAUCCAUUAGCUGCCUCUGGCUUCUAGCGUGUUACUCCUCAGAGUAGCAUAGCACUAUUAUAGUGCUGACGACAGGGUGCAAAGUAAGCUCUUUGUAUGCUCUCCCCAUGAAUGCUCCAGUAUCCAACGCUGUAGCUCUAAUUGUUUAAAGAAGCAUAUACUGUAGUUGGGCUGAAAAGGCUGUUACUGUGAUGUAUUUGCAAAUAAAUAAAUAAGUA